AUGUUCGGAGCUCAGUCCUCCUCAGCCUUCGGCACCCCUUCCUCCACUCCGGCCUUCGGCGCCCCUUCCUCUACCCCCGCAUUCGGCACCCCUUCCUCCACCCCCGCAUUCGGCACCCCUUCAACCCCGGCGUUCGGCUCCUCACUCUUCUCAACACCCUUUUCUCAGCAAUCCCAACCCCAGCAGCAAACGCAGUCGCUGUUUCAGACACCUCAGCCCCAACAGCAGCAAACGCCGUCGCUGUUUCAGACACCUCAGCCCCAACAGCAGCAAACGCCGUCGCUGUUUCAGACACCUCAGCCCCAACAGCAGCAAAACCCGUUUGGCUUUGGGACGCCGUUUAAUUCACAGACGCAAUCACAAGUUACUCCUUUUAACAAUGCCCUGUCUGCAACGAACUUCACGAAUACGCAGCUGACUACUCAGAUGGCCCCAGUUGCUCCACUUCCAUUUUCUCUGGCCGAUCGUGAUAUUCAGGCAAUUGUGGAUGCAUAUAAAGAGGAGCCUGGAAAUCUUAACUAUGCAUUCAAGCAUUUGUUGUUUAGUGUGACUGAACUUCAGUACAAGAUGAAGCCUGCGGGUGUAUCAGAUAUUAUGUGGGCAGAAGCAAUGGCCAAGUUAGAAGGCAUGGAAGCUUCAAAAAGAGAACGCCUAUGGCCGCAACUGGUGCAGGGAUUUAAAGAUCUUUCUCAGCGUCUCAAGCUUCAAGAUGAAGUCAUACUCUCAGAUUCUGAAAGACUUAAGAUGACUCAGACCAAUGUAAAGAUGCUCCAAAGGCAUUUUCAAGCUGACACACUCCCAUGGAUUCAGAGGAUGCAACAGAAAGAGCAAAGCCUUCAGAGGCGUCUUUUAAGGGUAAUGAGAAUAAUUGAGGCAUUGGAGAGUAAAGGCAGCCGUUUACCUCUAAUGAAGAGCGAAGUAGAAUUAGCAGAGAAGUUGGCUGGCGUAACAAGACAGUUGAAGGGAUCUGGAGGAGAGCUUUCCAGGCGGGUCCAGAAUCUGCUCACACUUUCUCGUCUUCAAGCAGAUGGCUUAAAUGGUGGGUCAGUUUAUCUUCCCGGGUCAACCAAAAUCCAAGAACAAAGUCUAGUUGACAUGCAGGAGGUUUUGCAGCGGCAGACUGAAGCUAUCGCUAGACUGGCCAGUGUGUUGAAACGAGACAUUCGAGAUGUGGAAAUAAUAAUGACCCAGGAUACAUCAACGACCCUUGAGUAGACAACAUCUAUUCUAACCUUAUCUCGAUGGAAAAUUAGAAUAUGCAUGAAUAUUUUAUUUGAUUAGUGGAAAGGUGGACUUCCUGAAAGUACAAAUCUUGUUGGAAUCAAUCUUAGAAUGGGCUAUGUAAUGUUUAGACAUCAAUGUUGUACGCAACACUAGAAUGUGAUUCCUCAACAUUGAGUUGGUCGCUUGAACUUUUUCUUUGUUGACAAAUUCUGCUUACAGGUGCUUCAAUGGGAACGAACACAUGCUGAAUUUGUGUGUUGCGCCAGUAAUUGAGCCUUGAUAAUUCAUACAACAAUGGUGAUUGUGUUCUCUUUGUUUAGUUGUGUGAUCCGAAAUAUUUGGUGAAAUUAUUAAAUAUAUGUUUAAUUAUAUAUGUAUAUA